AUGAUUUCACGACCAAAGAAUGGUUGGCACUCUAUUAUACCCCUUAGUUUCGGGGGCAAAGCAGUCACGGGCUUUUGCAUUUUCCCAAAAGUUAAAUCAGCAGGUUACAGCCCGGGAAACACACCUGUCUACCUGAAUGUGUAUGACUUGACAAACGCUAAUGGCUAUGUCUAUUGGGCAGGUUUUGGUAUCUUUCACUCUGGGGUGGAAGUCCACGGUGUGGAAUAUGCAUUUGGAGCCCAUGAUUACCCAUCAAGCGGUGUUUUUGAGGUUGAACCCCGACAGUGCCCUGGUUUCAAGUUUAGGAAAUCAAUAUUCAUGGGAACAACAUGCUUAGAUCCGAAAGAAGUUAGAGAGUUCAUGGAGCACCUAUCUGCAAAUUACAAUGGUGAUACAUAUCAUUUGAUUGUUAAAAACUGCAACCAUUUCUGUGAGGAUACAUGUUACAAACUGACUGGGAACCGAAUACCGAAAUGGGUGAAUCGUCUUGCGAGAAUAGGUUCCCUAUGCAACUGUAUACUUCCAGAGGCCCUUAAGGCUACUAAAGUACAACAUGACCCCAAUUAUCAAGAACGCCAAAGCGAAAAGAAGAGACUAAGAAGUUCCUUCAGUUGCUUUUCAUCAAUUUCAAUGCCUCAAAAGGAAGUCUCCAUGUCUUCGUUGUUUCUACACUCUCACUACAAAGGCUGCCUACCACCAUGGGAGCUGAAGAGGCUUGAAGAGUAUAUCGAAUUUUUUGACAUGGGUAAAGGUGGUGGGUGUGUACCAAGCAAGAGAAGAUUAGGUGUUGAGAUACAUGAUCAAGAACCUCAUGAAACAAUCUCUGCUAUUUCCACACAAAACCAAACCACAUCCAUAGGCCCAAGAAUCCCAGCUCAAUAUAACACCACACGAGUAGUUAAAAAGUGCAAGAUUUAUAUUAUUUUUUAUUCAAUGUAUGGUCAUGUGGAGUUAAUGGCAAGAAGAAUAAAGAAAGGGGUGGAUUCCGUUGAUGGGGUUGAAGGGGUUUUGUAUAGGGUCCCAGAGACAUUGCCACAGAGGACUUUGGAGCAAAUGAAGGUGCUGCAGAAAGGAAAUGAGGUGCCUUUGAUAAAAGUUGAUGAGUUGGUUAAUGCUGAUGGGUUCUUGUUUGGAUUUCCUACAAGGUUUGGUUCCAUGGCAGCUCAAAUGAAAGCUUUUUUUGACUCUACUCAUGAGUUGUGGAUGGAGCAGAAGCUUGCAGGUGUGCCUGCCGGGUUCUUUGUGAGUACUGGCACACAAGGGGGUGGGCAGGAGACCACUGCCUUGACAGCAAUCACUCAGUUGGCCCAUCAUGGGAUGCUCUUUGUCCCUAUUGGUUACACCUUCGGUGCUGGAAUGUUCCGAAUGGAUUCCAUUAGAGGAGGAUCUCCAUAUGGUGCAGGUGUCCUUUCUGGUGAUGGCACAAGAGAGCCAAGUGCAACAGAGCUAGCUCUUGCGGAGCACCAGGGAAAAUACAUGGCUACGCUAGUUAAAAGAUUUGCCAGGCCCUUUUCACUAGCGCCUGGUGAAAACCACAACUAG